GGAGGGCCGCGGGGCGGGGCGGGGCGCGGCGCGGAGAGGGGCCGCCCCCCCGCCCCGCUCCGCUCCGCCGCGCCGCGCUGCGCUGCGCGCCCGCCGUCGGUGCCGGUGCGGCCGAGGGCGGCGGCGGUGGCGGUGCGGCGGGCGGCUGCCCCGCGGCGCCCCAUGGCCGGGCACGAGUGGGACUGGUUCCAGCGCGAGGAGCUCAUCGGGCAGAUCAGCGACAUCCGCGUGCAGAACCUGCAGGAAACCUGCAGAAGAUUGGAGUAUUGUAUCAAGUGCUGUUAACAUUCCUCUCCUGGCUGGGUACAGAUAUGAUCUCAUGGAACAGCAAUUGUGAUCCUUUGGAACGGGAAAAUGUACAGAAGAGGACCUUUACCAGAUGGAUAAACCUACAUUUGGGAAAGUGCAAACCUCCUCUGAAAGUGAAAGAUUUAUUUAUUGAUAUACAAGAUGGCAAAAUCUUGAUGGCUUUACUGGAAGUCCUGUCAGGACAAAAGCUGAUGCAUGAAUACAAAUCUUCAACCCAUCGCAUUUUUCGUUUGAACAACAUAGCCAAAGCACUUAAGUUCUUGGAGGACAGUAACGUAAAACUUGUUAGCAUCGAUGCAGCAGAAAUAGCAGAUGGAAAUUCCUCUCUGGUACUUGGACUAAUAUGGAAUAUAAUCUUGUUUUUUCAGAUUAAAGAACUCACGGGCAACCUCAACAGGAACUCGUCCUCUUCCAGCCUGUCAUCCGGGCCCAGUGGGCCGGAGUCGGACACAUCCCACCCAAGCACUCCAAAUGUAGAGAGAAACAUGUCUGUUACAGUGAAAGAUCAGCGAAAAGCCAUCAGAGCCCUUUUAAUCUGGGUUCAGAGGAAAACCAGAAAAUACGGUGUUGCAGUUCAGGAUUUUGCCAGCAGCUGGAGGAGUGGCCUCGCUUUCUUAGCUGUCAUAAAAGCAAUAGACUCUGCUUUAGUAGACAUGAAGCAAGCACUGGAGAAAUCAGCUCGGGAAAACCUGGAGGAUGCUUUCAGCAUAGCACAAAAUAAGCUUGGUGUUCCUCGGCUCCUAGAGCCAGAAGAUAUAAUGGUAGAAUCACCCGAUGAACAAUCAAUUGUGACAUAUGUGGCGCAAUUUCUGGAACACUUCCCAGAGCUGGAAGGGGAAGACUUUACAGAUCCUGACAAGGAGUUUCCAAUUGAGUCUACAUAUGUCCACAUCAAAGAUACACCUUCAGAACAGGAAGGCAAGAUCUUGAUUUUAAGUGAAAGUGAAGACAAUAUGUAUACUGUUAACCAUGAAAGGAGUCAUCCUGCUCCUCCAAAAGUUCAUAUUCAUGAUACCCCAGAGAGAAUCCAGUCAGAAACUGUUCCUGAAAAAUGUAAUGGUAAAGCGUUAGGUGAUUCACAGGAAACCUUUGACAAGGAGCCUAAGAGGCCUACCUCUCUGAAAAUUACAGGAUCUGUCAGUUUUGAAUCCAUUUCCUCUUGGGAAGUUCUUAGUGAUAAACUGAUCUCAGGUGAAGGGGGCAUAUAUGAUGAUCCACUGAAACAGAAUAAUGACCUUUCUCCAGCUGUUCUGACGGAUCAGAAAAAUUCUGUAGACUCUUUUGAAGACUACUCUGAAGAACUAACUAGAGAAACCCCUACUGAAUAUGACAAUGAAAGUAAGAGCCUGUCAGCCAAUACUUCUUCUUUGAGUCCGUCGUCUUGGACUUCAGGUAUACUUACAGAUGAAUCCAUAAAUAAAGUAGAAGAGACCAAACCCCAAGCUUCAACUUUUUUACCAGAAGAUACCUCAAAACAAGAAGAUAUGCAUAAAUACGGUCUUCAUCUUCCAAAUGAGCAAAUAUUGAAACUUCCAGAAAAUGAACAUACAAAGCAAUCACCUGUCUUGGAGACAACAGAAACUAACCAUUGUUUAUUGAAUAAUUCUAAUCUCAAAAGCCAAGACCUAUCUACAGUGCAUGAAACAGCUGAUGACUCUCCCUCAGAUGUACCUAAAAAUCCAGAGGACCUGGAUAGCUGUGAUGAAGUUGAGUCUUCAGCUGAAGUGUUACCCAGUUCUUCAAAAGUAUCCGUAAUACCCCAUGAUCUCUUUUACUAUCCACAUUAUAAUGUCCCCAUAUCAGCAGUUUUGGAUGCUUAUGUUGAGCCUCAUCUUGAAGAUUAUGAUAUUGGAAAUGACAAAUCUUAUUCUGAAUCAGUAACAGAUGUUUUACAUGAGAAGGGGAUCCCAGCGCAGAACUACCAGGAAGAUGCUCCAGAGUCAGUUUUAGGGAAUAAGCUAUGUGUCUCUCCAUCAGAAAUGAGUACUGAGAACCUAGAGAAGGAGAAAAUGGAUGCCAACGGUCACAUGAAUUCUUCCUAUGAAAAAGUGGCUUUACCAAUAGGAAAAGAGAAAGAAAUUGAAAAAGAUGGCAAAAAAGCCACCAGCCCUCAAGAUUCCACUAUUUUCCAGCAUCCUGAGGCUGAAGUAGACCAUCUAGAUGAUUUAUCAAAAGCUGUGAAGAUGCCAGAAAAAAGUAGUAAAAGGAAAGAAAAAAGAAAAAAUAUGAUCGAAGAUUUACAGAUUUCAAAAGUUGGAGCUACUACUCUAUCACUAGAUAAACUGGAAGAAAUUGCUGAUUGUCAGGAAUUUACCAGAACUAGUUACAGUGAUUCCAGCGUUUAUCUCCGAAAAAGGCUUCCUAAUACUUCUGAAAAGGAAACCUCUGGUGAAAAUGAGGAGAAGAUGACAGAUAUGGAUGAAAAGCUCAUAAUCAUCAGGAAGAAAAAAGACUUGGAAGCAAGUGAGACUCCAGCACCGACUCAGCAGACUCUGAGUACUGAACAACGAGAGCUGUUCUACCUCGUUGUCUUCCUCUGGGUGCUGGUCUACUGCCUUUUACUUCUUCCACAGCUUGUUAGCAACAAACCUUGAUCUCUGUGAGGUGUGUGGAAAAUAAAAGACAGUGGUCUGAUUGUUCUGUGUACCUGAAUAUGAAUAUGUUCCUUCAGGUGAAGCACAACUAUAAAUGUAGGACCUGGUAUUUGUGGUUAUUAUCAGGUUCUCCUAAUUUCCUCUACUGUUGUGCUUUGACUGUGUCUAAGCACAUUUUAUAUUAUGACAAUUGUGUAAAUAUAUAUAAAAAACCCUGAUUUAGUAGAUGCAAUUUUGUACAUUUGUGCCUUGCUUUAUAAUAUGCUUUAUAAUAUGCUAAAUAAAAAUGGAUAAUUAUCAGUAGAAAUAAGAACAGUUCAGAGCUCCAGUCUUCAAAAAUGAUUUUUCUGGCUUUAUUUACUGAUACGUGGCCCUACAGCUGUGGAAGAUGGGUGGUUUUUGAUUUGCCCAUGAAUCUGGCCCAUCUGAAAGGGCAGGUCUUGAAAUGGUCUUUCACAUUUUUCAUGGAUUUUUUGAUAGAGAUGGAGGUACAGAAUUUACUUAACCUAGGAUAUUGAAUAUAAUUCUAAUGGCAAUCCAGUGGAGUAUCAAAAUCAGGUUGGAUUUUAUUUGGGGAGGAGAGUUUGUUUUUUAAGGACUCAAAUUCAUUGUUGUCCUGCACCUGUCAUGUUUAAUUUGCAGUAACAAAUUGGUGUGGAGAAGUGUGAAGAACAUACAUUCUAGCUGCUUCUUAGAUCACAGGGGAAUUCUUAUUCCAGACUCUUCUGUAGAAAAUACCUGAAGAAGUACAUUUUUUGUGCGUUACUGAUGGUAGCCAUCUUUGAAAAGGUGUUCAAAAAGCUUAAUAAUUUUAUCAGGAACAGAUGCUGUUUUUUUUUUUUUUUUCCCACAGAGGUACCUCCCCACUUCUGAGGCUGCAUCUGCUUCCUUUUCCUUUGCACCUUUCCCUUAUCAGAUCAUAUGAAGAUUUAUUUCUUUUGAAGAUAUGAAAAGUAAUAGGCAACCUAAUCUGUUGCAGCAAUGUUGAAGCAGAAGUCAUGGUAAGAGGAUUAGAAAUAUCCUUUAGGUGCCCAAAACAAUAGAAGAAGAAAUGACAGAUGUAAAACUUGAUACAUAAAAAUGUUGACAGCCUAUAUUUACUCUCUAGUACAAGUGAAGAAACUUCUGUGACUUGUCCAUAGACACGAUUGUGCAUCUUUUAAUUUUUAUUCAGAUUAGUGAUCACUUUAGGGUAUUACAUUUAGAGUUUUAGCCAGAGGAGGAAAGAGAAAUCUUCAAAUUCAAUUUGAUAGCAAUAAUUUUUGCCCAUGCAACUUUUAGUGAAGUCAGUAUUUGUCAUCAGAACGUUUUUAGUUUCACAGUAUGCUUUAUGAGACUAUGUCAUGUUGCUGCUUCCACUUGAAAAUUCGUAAGUUUGACUUCAGUGGGCUUCAUAAAAGGAAUGUUUGGCUACAAUAUAUCCUUGAAGCAUUAGGGCUAGUGCUUUUUCUCCAAAGAACAGAACUUAAUACAGAAUCCUUAUAGCUUCAUCCUGAAAUCCAGUGAAUACUAUGCUGAAGCAUGGCAGCUCUUUAGUAGCAAGACGUAGCACUGUACAUUAGUUGGGGCAAAGUGUUAAUAGCUCUUCAUUAUGUGCUACUCUUCAUAGGCUCCCUUGGUUUAUGACAACCUUUUCUGAGCCUUUGUGUCCUAUUCUCUGGUUCUUGCAAGUCUCUCAGUCUUGAAGAUAAAUUAUCUGGAAUUGGAUUACAGACUCUUCAUAGAACAUUAAAUCUAUCAAAGUUAAAUCAAGUAAAACAACCUCCCUUCUGUCUUCUGUCCUUUCUCCUAAGAAUAUUAAUCAUAAUGAGGAGGUCUUUGGGUGUCUCAUCUAAACAAACAACUGAUGUCCAUAAAGAGUAAAAAAGUGAAUGCAUUGAUGUAGGCAAUUUCAUUAUGCAGUAUUUUCUUCCAACAAAGAGGAGGCCCAGGCUUUUCUUUCUUCCCUCCCAUUGAUGAACAGUGAUUGAAGCAGUGAAACAAGCAGUUUAAAUGUCAAGCAGCAUGCAGCAAUUACCUUGAUCAUCUCACCCAAUGUUUAAACUGAAGUGUGCUUUCAGGUCUAUCCCAUGAAGAGAUGGAGAUUGUUUCUAAUGUGCAAAAUAGAUGAAAAUAAUUCUAGAUAAAUCCAUUAUACUUGGCAUUUAGCUGCUUUCUAUAUUUGGGGGGGUUUUUUUGUUUGUUUGAUUGGUUGUUUUUUUGCUGUAACAGAACUAGUCUGUCUUACUCAGCCAUGCCAUGGGUAAGAGGAUCCAGAGUAAAGCAAUAAGAGUGAUUAUACUGGUAUAGUCUGCUGUGGAUGAAAAGAUACUGUACUCCGUAGGAGUUUUGUCAUUACCUGGAACUGCACAAAUGACACUGGCAUAAGCUCCCCCCACUUAAUAACAUGUGCCCUUUGAGUCGUAAGCCUGCCCCUAUUCGAAUGAGUGGUUCUUCCACAGCGCAAGUUCUCCCACAGUGCAAGUCCCUCAUUCCAAAAGCCCUAUUCUGAAAACAUUGCUUGUUAUUGGACUUUGAGUCCUGUUCUUAGCUUGGAGUCUAAAAGCCUGAUUGUAAAACAUCCACUGUGGCAAAACGUCCUGUUUUUAACUUGCUUGUUAGAGGACUGUCCUCAGGUAUCUGAGGUUUUAAAGACUGGUGGUCAGUUUGAGUACUCAUGUAUCCAUCUUCCAUCUUCCACCAGGUCUAUGCCCUGUCUGAAUAAGAAAGGUUUUUCUGAAUAAAGGCCUUAUUUUCUGAAAAGUGCUAAGCUGGCACUCACCUUGUUUGAUAUUUUGAUUUAGAAGCAGAAUUCACAUAUAUAAGGGUACUGAUCUGUUAAGUCCUUUUCUAAAACCAGUUCUUGUUAAGCAAACUUACAGGUAGCAGAGUAUUGUGAAGUGUAAGUGUUGGGAAGUGUGUGAGGAUCACUAGAUAAAAGGUGUUUGAUAUUCACAGAAGCACCUUGAAGACUCGGAGACAACUAUAUGAGUAUGGUUCAAUGCUAUUCUAGUACUGUAACUUAACUGCUAAGUGUUUUAUUGCAAUUUUAUAGAAAGUGCAAGAAAAGAAAUACUAUUAAAGUUAGAAAACCCCUAAACAUUUAGGGGGCAGAUGCUGCAGAGUUGAAGAACUGAGUUAAACAGUCACAUAAACUACGAACUGAAAUGAGCGUAGCCUUUCCCAAAUUGAAGGAAAUGAUCAAGACGAGGAUAGGGCAAGUACAAAUUACAGUAAAAAAUGACAAUCACUUUCAAUGCCAUGAAUAUUUUUGAUGGAUUGAGCUCUAAAAUGUAUUUUUAUUGAGUUUCUAGAUUGUAAUGAAUGCGUCUACAGAAUUUUAUGCAAAGCUUCAGAGUUCAGCUGUUUUAAAAAGAUUUUUUUAUAUAGCAGUGAUUAUUUUAUCUAUAUAUUUAAUAGAACUGUAAAACCAUUUUAAAAGUACCUGUAAAAUUCUAUGUAUGUGAUAUGCUUAUUUAUUAAUUAUGAAUAAUGAAUAUAAACAUUAAGCUAUGCAUCAGUUGCAUCAUCCAUUUGGAAACUGGAAAUAGGAGAAGAUUUCUUAAUGAACAGUAGCCUAGAAAAAUACGGGAAAUGAUCAAGUACAUUUGUGUGAUUCUUAAUGCUGUACAGCAAUAUAUCAUUUUGCGAUGUUAACUUUCAGCUUAAGUUGCAAAACAUACUGAGUGAUUAAGCUUUUUCCCUUAAAUUCACUUCCUAAGGCUGAAAUUUCUACAUGUUGAUAUUUAGUAUCUAAACACAUUUAAAUCCUUUACAUCUUCUCAUGACUGUCCGUUUAUUCUAGCUCAGUGUGACUGUGACUUCUUUAUCCAAGUAGUGUCCCAUUGAGUUUACUGGGGUGCUGUGCAGAUGUUAGGAUUUUCUGCACUCAUCCCCCCAGGAUCAGAACUUUAGAAGAUGUAUUGAACCAGUGUAGAUGCUCUCAUACUCAGCCAUCUAGUGAGGUAAUAGUUAAAAGGUAAUAGGGCAUUAUGACUUAUGCUAGCUUUAAGUACUUGGAGUCCCUUCUUGCCAAGCGCAGACUUGAAUGCAUCCAGUGAUGUGUUCAGUUCCUUGACUUCUGUGGAAGUCAAUGCAACCCAUCUGUGUGCUAAGCACACACUACAGGAUCUGGCCCUGAGGUGAUUUAAAUCAGCUUUAAACACAUAGGCCAGGAAGUAGCUAAAGCCUAUGUACUGCCGUAGAGCUGGAUCCCAACAAUUACAGCCUACACAAACAGUGCCACUGACUUCAGUUAAUCCCCUUCUAUGGAUAGGAUUUGCUUGCAUAAAUUCUGUAGGAUUAAGCCCUUAUUCUUUCUAGCAAGUUAAUAUGUGCUUCUAUUUUUCAUUAAGAGAGCAACAGAGGGGGGAAUGAAUGGUUGGAAUACAAUGGUAAGAUUACUGGUUGGAAUAUGUCUUUGAAAGUUCCCAGACCUUUACAGUUGAAGGCUCUUACCCUGGCAAUAAGUUGCCCACUUUGUUUUUAGUCGGGCUAAUAAACAGUGAAGGUGAAUGGAGGACCCCCUUACAAGUUUUUGUAUUUCCAUAUUGUGCAGUUAUUGUCAGGUAAAUAACAUCAAAUUCUUCCCCUCUGCAUACCACUGAUAAUGCUAAUUUAAAGCUGUCCAGCUCAUGGUUUUCCAUGUUCCAGUUUGCAUAGAGACAGGAACUGCGCUACAGCUUCUUUUUUUUUCCCCCCCCUCCAAAAGCACAAAAUUGCUGAAGCUAUUUAGGCAAGAGGAUGGAAUUUAUAUACACCUUCAAACAAUAUGAAAAAGACAUAUUCUGAAGGAGAUAGCUUCCUUCCUCUGUCCAUCUCUUGACACACAACUGUAGCCACAGAGGGCUCACAAUCUCCUUUAGCUGAGGAUUAAAAGAGAUAGAACUGACAUUUAACCCUUUUUUCUCAAGUGCCGUGUCUGCUUUGCUGUUAUCAUAACUGAAAUUGUAGAACAUCAAAGUAUUUCUUUCUUCCUCUGAAUGUGAGACAUGGAAAACUUCCUUCUGCCUCAGUGGCAUUUUUGAUGACUCCUUUCCAGGCAGCUGCUACUGCUAAUAAUGGAAAAUGAAAACUGUGUCAUUUUCUCACCAGCAGGAGAAUGUCUAAGUUUAUGAGUCUGGAACAUAAAAUUGUCCCCUGGGUGAUUAAUAUAUUUCUUUCUUCAUGAUAAGGUUAGAAGGGGCAAUAAAAAUAAUUAACCUUACCUCUAUGAGAAAUACUAAAACAUAACAUUCCAAGAAAUGCUAGGUUCUGGCCUUCACUGCUAUGUUCAGUUCAUGUACUAUUUUAUUCCCAAAGCAGCUUCAUUACUUUCACUCACCAUUCCUGAAGCCUCACAGAUUCAUGGAAUAUAUUUGCUCUGUGCCCAGACAACAACUCAUACAGUGGGGUCCUGAUCCAUGGCUAAUAUUAGACUAUAACAAAUAAUCACUAGUAUUUAGUUGGAAAUGACUGGUCUGACCUUAAGUGAAGUAACUUUUAAAUUAUGUGCUGCUCACUUUUUGAGAAGAAUAAUGAAGUCAACAAUUUUUAAUACUGAGUAACUUAUACAAGUCAUAUAUUUCUAUAUUUGUUGUAAUCAGAUAAAUUCAACUUCUGCUUUUCUCUUGAACAAAGCUUAUUUUAGUUGGCAUACCACUUCAUGAUAUCGUAUUCUUCUGUGUGAAUCCUGAAGAAACUGUUUCAUCCUUCUUGUUAAUUUUCUCCAGUUAAAGUUUAACUUGUAAAGUGCUUGUUUGCUAAAGAGUUAAUGAGAGACUGUUAUGGUGAAGAAAUCAUUUGUAAGUAAGGAAUGUACUAUUUAAAAUACAUGCUUCUCUUUGCCAAGUGGUCAGGAAUGAUGAUUAUUUAAAUGAGAAAAAUGCUGGGAGGAUUUGGUAUCAGAAGACAUACUGAAGAAAGUUUAUUUUUGAGUACUUUCAAAUACAUUUCUUCUGAAUGCUCUCAAUCAGUGGUAUAUAUUGAAUGUUUGUACUUGUUGCUCAAAGCUAAUUUUUGUGAGAAAGAAAUGUAUACUUGUGUAUAGUUGGUAUAAUAGAAAACAAAUUGUUUUUAGAAAUUGUUACUCUGUAAUAUGAAUAGUAUUUACUAGUGAAUAGUUCCACUUUAUUUUAUAAAAUCUCCAAUUUUGAAAUAAAUGGACAGGCUUCCUUUAUAUAA